UAGAUAAUAACAUAUAGGCCCCACUGAAACUGAGGCAGAGACCUUCAGAGCAAUACAUACAGUCACCAAACAACUUAGUAUCGUAUUCGUUAGACCGGAAGUACCACUCGAGCGGCUCGGUCGCUUGAGUGUUUGAAUAUAUGUUGCAAAGAAGUCUGUAAAUUGUAACCUUGUCAUUCAUAAAAGUCGCGCAUACAAUCUUUGUCGGUGUAUGCUAGGUUUACACGUGGGAGACGACAUAGAUUACAUGACAUGUACGGGACUCGAUUCUCUAUAGUGACCUCACUGAUGCAGUUAUAUUUUUUAUAAUAGUCUAUUCUUUAAAUAUGGAAAGAUAUUUUUUGUUUGAAUAUCUUUGAUAAAAGUUUUGGAUAGUUCAAUAACUGACGGUUAAUGGCUUUUUAAUAUGUGAUAACACGCAUUUUUUGGUAAAGUCACUGUACAGGGAUUAUUGUUAGUAUCAGGACCAGGAAACCUCGACACACACAACCCCGGCGACCAUGGUAUACGUUGGAUUUAGCUAUCGGACGAUGUGGGUUUGAUAAGGAGACGAGGAAGUGAUUUGGGCCCCAAGUGCUUACUAUCUAUGUGUGCGCAGUAGUCGGACUUUGAUACGGGUUUUAUAGUCAACGGUCGCAUUGUCAUCGUGAAUGUUACAGGAAAGUAGCCGUUGUCAUUUCCAAGUUGUACCUGGUAAAUUUGAUAGGCUAUAGUGUCUGGAUAUACCCUCCCCAAGCCACAGGGAACUAGGUUGGCCUAGCUGGUUCCAAUCUGUGUAUUCCGAGGAUCGUACGGAUACUAUCGGCGUCGGACAGGGUGUCCGGACCUGACCAUCAGGAUGAGGGGCUGGAUACCUAAGCUGGCCUUUACACUACUAGUGGUCUGGUUCAGUGCCGAUUCCAGUAUGACAUCCACAGCAGGACCUGGUUCUACUACUCUUACUAAUUCGCCAUCCACAGCAGGACAAGGUUCUACUACUCUUACUAAUUCGACAUCCACAGCAGGACCGGGUUCUACUGCUCUUACUGAUUCGCCAUCCACAGCAGGACCAGGGUCUACUACUCUUACUAAUUCGACAUCCACAGCAGGACCAGGUUCUACUACUCUUACUGAUUCGGCAUCCACAGCAGGACCAGGUUCUACUACUCUUACUGAUUCGGCAUCCACAGCAGGACCAGGUUCUACUACUCUUACUGAUUCGGCAUCCACAGCAGGACCAGGUUCUACUACUCUUACUAAUGCGACAUCCACAGCAGGACCAGGUUCUACUGCUCUUACUGAUUCGCCAUCCACAGCAGGACCAGGUUCUACUGUUCUUUCUGAUUCGCCAUCCACAGCAGGACCAGGUUCUACUGCUCUUACUAAUUCGCCAUCCACAGCAGGACCAGGUUCUACUACUCCUAGGAAUUCACCAUCCACAGCAGGACCAGUUUCUUCUGCUAAAUCGUCAUCUACAACAACACCUGCUACCAGUACGACCACUUCAUCAGCCACAACAAAACCAGUUCCCAACCCUCCUGGAACAGUCGCCGUUAUUGCCAAAACGACUACAAACGUAACACUAAACAUUACGUCACCCUCAACAGGAAGAGUCGAUUGCUAUAAUGUUACGUUUACUGACGAGAACGGCAAGAUGGAGACACGACGUACACCAACCAACGACACGUUAUAUAUAGUAGAUAGACUCACACCUGGAUACAAUUAUACCUUUACGGUGGAAUCUGUGUAUAACGGCCUGGCCAGUACAUCGUCCCAAGGCGUACCAACCUCUACAGUUCCCAGCAGUCCGUGUGACGUCACGGUAACUGAUAGGACGACGACCAGUGUGACCCUGACUGUGGCCCCCGGUCCAGGGGGUUAUGACGGGUACCGUGUCCAGACGGUCGGUGGUGGUAUCAAUCGCUCCGACACAUUUCCACACCACACAUCGACUGGUCCUCUACUGGUCAGUGGUCUUACUCCAGGAACGACUUUCACCUUCACCGUCUUUACUCAGGCCAAUGGAUGGGAGAGUGAACAUUUCUAUAGAACUCAGGAUUCAACAAGUGACAAAGUAAAACGCUCAACAGUUAACCAAGCCGCGAACGAAACAACAGAGGGGCCUUCUGCCCCUGAUAACGUAGAAAUUUCAAGCCAGACAAACGUGUGUGUGACGUUGACCGUUACCCUGAAUGGCAGCGGAUAUGACGGAUUCCUAGCCCAGUACAACAACCUCAACCAGUCCUUUCAAAACAUUACGGCAGAUGACGACACCAGUGUUUCCCACAACUUGCCUGUAAAUGAACUAACACCGGGGACAACCUACACCUUUGAAGUCUACACACUUUAUAAUGGCUCGAAAAGUACAAACAACACCGGGGACAUCGGAAGCACGGUUCCAAAUCCCCCUGGUCAUGUUUCCGUUAAUACCCAAACAACCACUACCGUCACACUGGACAUCACGUCUCCCUCAACAGGAGGAGUCGAUUACUAUAAUGUCACGUUUACCGACAAGGACAGUAAUAAUAACACACGAAGUACACCAACCAACGACACAUCAUAUACAGUAGAGGGACUCACACCAGGUUACAGUUAUGUCUUUAAGGUGGUAUCCGUGUAUCAGGACCUGACCAGUAUACCGUACCAAGGUGUACCAGCCUCUACAGUUCCAAAUCCCCCUGGUCAUGUUUCCGUUAAUAACCAAACAACCACUACCGUCACACUGGACAUCACGUCUCCCUCAACAGGAGGAGUCGAUUACUAUAAUGUCACGUUUACCGACAAGGACAGUAAUAAUAACACACGAAGUACACCAACCAACGACACAUCAAAUACAGUAGAGGGACUCACACCAGGUUACAGUUAUAUCUUUAAGGUGGUAUCCGUGUAUCAGGGCCUGACCAGUAAACCUCAUCAAGGUGUACCAGUCUCUACAGUUCCAAAUCCCCCUGGUCAUGUUUCCGUUAAUAACCAAACAACCACUACCGUCACACUGGACAUCACGUCUCCCUCAACAGGAGGAGUCGAUUACUAUAAUGUCACGUUUACCGACAAGGACAGUAAUAAUAACACACGAAGUACACCAACCAACGACACAUCAUAUACAGUAGAGGGACUCACACCAGGUUACAGUUAUAUCUUUAAGGUGGUAUCUGUGUAUCAGGACCUGACCAGUAAACCUCAUCAAGGUGUACCAGCAUCUACAGUGCCUGAUGUCCCAAAAAAAUACGGAUGCUCUACCACAAACGACUCGAUAACAGUCACACUUAACUCCCCUACUCCCGGGAAAGUUGAUAACUACAUCGCCAGCGAGGAUUGUUCCAGUAGUGGGGACAUAAUCAGUCCCGGUGUCACAGUAAGCGGACAAAACGUGACGAUAGGCGGUCUCAGUCCCGGUAUCACCUGUAACCUCACAGUAAUCGCUGUCUUUGGUGGACACAACAGUUCUGCCGCAGUAUUCUCAGGACUCGGUAUAGAUGAAGGACCUCCCGGUCAGGUCGGAGAUCUAGCCGCCCAAACAUUGUCCGCCACAGCUAUUAGUUUGACGUGGAAAAAACCUACAGAGCCAAAUGGUGACAUCAUACAGUACAGUGUAUACGUCACAGAUCCCGUGGAAACGUGUGCACAACUUCUGUUGACGGUGGACAGUACAGCUUCACAGGACAAUGAAACGUGUAAUGCAACCAGGAAAGACACUUUCAUCAAAGUUCAGUCGGAUUUCAAUGUGACUAUCAAUGACCUGCUGGCCUAUACACGUUACACGUUCAGCGUGUACGCCUACACAGAGGCCGGUAAAGGGCUUGAAUCGUCCCAGGUAUCCAACACCAGUGAAUCAAAACCUUACAAAAUUACUAACUUAACACAAACCAGGAUUACCUCGUCAACAAUUACAAUAUCCUUCAAGGAACCGGAACCAAGUACUGGCCCAAUAACGACGUAUGAAGUACAGUAUGUUUACACGGAACGGUGUAACAAUGGGUCGAGUACAGGUAAAGACAUAACACACAACACCACCUGUACCCCCUCAAGUGGUCGGACUGUCUGCUCUAUAGAGAAUCUCUACCCCUACUGGGACUACAGUAUAAGUGUACGGGCAUACACUAGUAUAGGAUCCGGUAACUGGAGCGAUCCCUUACCACAAAGAACAGAACAGGACAAGCCGAGUUCUAUUGGCAGUAUCAUGCAUACAGGGAUCACAGCUAACAGUGUAACUUUGAAGUGGUCUGCCCCUUGUCCCCCUAACGGCGUCAUCAGUAACUACGUGAUACUAUGGAACAUGUCCUCACAUAUCAACACCACUGAUAAUUCCUCGUCAUACUUAGUGUCUGGUCUACUGCCAUACAGGACCUAUACAUACCAGAUUGCUGCUAAGACUGGGGCGGGUAAAGGACAUUACUCCACCGAACAGAACUUCACGACAUUAACGGAUGUGCCGCAUCAACCAGGUGAAGUUACGGUAAAUGAAAAGAAAGCUACCAGUAUGUCUGUGACAUGGGGAGAACCGGAUUUGAAAACAGGUCCAACCUACUACGUCGCUACUGCUCUAGAUAACCGCUCGCAGGCAAAUACGUCAUCCUGUUAUACAAAUGGUUUUGACAAAACCACAUGUAGGAUACAAAAACUUGAUGAGUUCUGGAAUUACAUCAUUGUCGUCACGGCGACAACAGUGAACGGAUCAAUCAAAUCCAACACAACGAUCAUCAGAACUGCAGAGGCUGCUCCUGGACCAGUGACAGAUGUCAAGGUGACAGUUCAGGGAGACGUCACCAAGGCACGAACAGUACAAAUUACAUGUGGCCUACCUAAAGAGAUGGACCUAAACGGUGUCAUUACCAAUUACACAUUGGACUGGGGAUAUUCUUUGCCUCUGAACCGCAGCACAAGCAAACAUUGUUCCUGGGAUUUUUCUGUAAAGCCGCAACAGAACUACACCUUUAAUGUCUCCGCAUCAACGAGUGUCGGGAAAGGUUUAUCAUUACAAUGCAAACAGACAAUUCCACCUGGAGCUCCACUGAUUGCAAAAAAUAGCGAAAUGAUGAUAAAAGUGGAGUCCUCGUCAGCUGUCAUCGAUCCAGAGAAACAGUUCCGUAUCGACUUUGAUACAACUCUCGUUUGUAACUUUGGUAACGGAAACAUCGAAAACCACUACGUGUUUGUGUCCGAGUCUACCCAAACAUCCACUAACAACGUUGCUGAACCUUUUCAAGGAUCUUUUGCUGCUUUCAAAAAGGAUAGAUUAAACAAAUACCAAACUUGGUCAGCCAUUGAAGAUGCAGACAAGAUAAGCCCUUACGUAGCGUCAAAGUCAUGGAACCCGUGUACAAUAGGUCACAGUGGUAGAAGGCGACGAAGAGCGACUACUCAAACUGUAACGUUCAUAGUUGGUGAAGGUGGGGAUUGUAGCGGAGACUGUAAUGGUUAUGUCCAGCCUGGGAAAUCCUACAGGGUACGAGUGGCCUCCUGUACGGCCGGUGGAUGUUCGGAAUCAGAAUGGAGUGCAGCCGUCAAAACAGAACCAAACUUGGUGCCGUCCAUCGUAGGGGGAGUGGUUGGGGCAUUGAUCGCCGUCGCUAUAUUUCUGGCUGUGAUGUUUGUACUACGUAGACGGUCUUUGCUAUGCUUCAGGACAGACAAAGAGAGUGGAUUUACGGAAUUAUCUGGAAAGACCAACAUUGGUUACCGAGGGGAUUCUACGGAGAUGGUAGUCGUAAAAGCAAGAAAAAUUAAAGUAUCGGAGUUUGCUGAAAAGUUUUACGAGCUGAGUAAGGAUAGCAACAUGAAGUUCUCAGAAGAGGUCAAGCUGUUAAAGGAAAUAAGUCCAGUGCAUAAAACGUCGUGUGCCGAGGAGCAGGCUGUCCGCAUUAAAAACCGGUACACAAACAUACUGGCAUUUGACCACAGUCGAGUGAAACUUUUACCGUUGGAUGAAGAAGACGGCUCAGACUACAUCAACGCAAACUACAUUCCUGGCCACAAUUCAAAGCGAGAAUACAUUGCCGCUCAAGGACCUCUGGUGUGUACCAAGGACGACUUCUGGAGGAUGAUCUGGGAACAGAACGUCAGCGUCAUAGUGAUGUUGACACAGUUAGUGGAGAGAGGAAGGAGGAAGUGUGACCAAUACUGGCCGGAAGUUGUAUCCGAACCAUUCUAUUUCGGGGACCUUAUCGUCCGCAUCGACUCCGAAUCCAAUCUGCCUGACUACGUUAUCCGGGUUAUCAGUUUGCAGUUGGGGGACAUCCAGAGGCAGGUCAAGCAACUUCUGUACCUAGCAUGGCCUGACAUGGGAACGCCUACAACCUCCAAUAGCAUGCUCCAUUUCGUGGAGUCGUGUCGUAAACACAAAAAUCCCUCUCUGCAUGGUCCGAUUGUUGUCCACUGCAGUGCUGGUGUGGGCCGUACGGGGACGUUUAUCGCUGUGGAUCACCUGAUACAGAAGCUGAACGCCGGACAUCAGGAAGUGGAUAUCUUCAAUAUGGUACUGGGCAUGCGUAACGAACGCCCAAACAUGGUACAAACAGAGGAUCAGUACAUAUUCAUACACGAGUGCAUCAAGGACUUCCUCUCAUCUGAUGAGGAUGAAGAAGAGGAAGAGGAAGACGAGGAAGACGAGGACAAUUGCGAACCGAUCUACGAGAAUGCGUGACGGAGAGAUGUCUUACAUCCAGUGUGUGAGGAGAAGAGGACCAUUACAACGCUUUACCUGAGAGUCUCCUGACCAUACAAUAGCCGAGAUGGGAGAUCAUCACCUUUACGCCAAAAACAUACAAUUUUUCAUUUUCCAAUUAAUCGCUUUAUUCAGUUUAUUUCACUUCAUAUGUGAGAGUGUUUGGAUUCAUUUUGGACUGAUUCCAUGAUUUUAAACAGUCAUUAUAGGGAUAUGUGUUAUUUCUGCUUGUUGAGCCUUAGCCAUGAAACAAAAUGACAACAGAUGACGGUGGUCGUUUUGUGAUCGUGAUUAUAAAUUUUAUUUUUUAACCUAUUGUUUGUAUAGCAAACACUUCCCGUUUGUACGUGAUUUGGUGACAAUGUUUAGUCGAUAUCACUACAGUGGCCGACCUAGGAGAGCUUCCAGGGCGUCGGUCAUCCCACAGCACGCCUUUUACAACAACAUGUAUUUUCCCAAUUUCUCUCUAUGGAAACCCUCGAAGGAUCAUUCGGAAUCCUUUGCAGAUGAGUUUCUGGGUCUGCCACUCCUUGGGGAGGUAUGGUCGGACGAGAGUUUUGGUAUGUGUUAGUAUCGUUUUAUAGCUUAUACAUAGGUUAUGUUUGUAGACGUGUACCAGAUGAUCAAUGCGGAGCUCAAAUAAUAUAUGACGGUGAUUUGUUGUCCUCGUCCCGUAUAGUCAGUCGUAUAUAUAAUUAUCCUUAUGUAUUCCGGGCUUUCAUUUGUUACAUUGUCAUCUUUUGUUCAUCACGUUUCUAUUUAAAUCCACUGUGCUUACCUCCCUUGCCUACGAUACUGCGUACAUUUCUACUUAUAAUGAAUCAAGAUUUUUGUGCAUAAUUUCAUGUUUCUGUUAAUUUAAUUCUUGUUUAAUGACGCUGAGUCAUACACAAAAUAUAUGUCCCACGUUUGUAUUUUUUAACAAGUUUCUGUCGGUCAUUGUACCUUUUUUUGACACAUUGUAUUAGUGCCUACUAGACAUAAUAUACAGGGUCAUACCUGUCAUUAACGGACGUAGCAGCACACAGAUAUUCGGAUACGAAAGUAAUAUGUUUAUCAUAAUCUGGCUCGUAAUUUAUGUUUGUAGUCUGUUAAGCGUGUGUCUUCUUUAUACAAGAUGUUGAUAUUAUUGUCUUGGUGUCGUGUGGGACAUUGUAUAAUACCAACAAUAAUGACGUCGGUUUCCUCUGUUCUAUUGUGUCGUUCACAACAGGGUCUUUAUUACUAUUAGGUAAAGACAACAGACUACGUUGUGAUUGUCUCUUUUGACAUCUAAUGUCGUAAUCAUUAUAUUAUCUGCUGGACAGAUAUUUAACUACCAAUGUGUUAAUUAGCUAGUCAUUUAGGUUAAACUGUUUAUUAUAACAUAUGAAUGAACAAAGUGUCAUUAUAGUAAGCUUGUGUGAUAUUUAAUAUCCAUAUUGUUGAUGUGUGUGUGUUUUAUGAGAUUCUUUGUUUCGUAAACAGCCAAGAAUUUGUCCGGACAGGUCUAUUCGCUAGUCAGUAAAAUACGUUUUAUAUCUGGAAUUAUUUCUUACAUUUUAGUUUGUACAUUUUAGUUUCGUACUCAAUAGCUGGUUAACUCGCUUAUCAUCAGGAUAUGAUUACCUGGCUCGUUCUACUAUACAGUUACAUAAUUAUGAUUGUACAAGUUCUUAGCUAUCCUUUCAUACCCUGCACGUGUUAAGACUUAUUCGACAUUAUCGACACAUAUGGCACGCAAUAAGUGAUGUAAAUGUGAGCGUUUCUGUAAUAUAUCAUUUAUUUGUAUUUAUUAUUUGAUGUUAUAAUUGUGCAUUUUCAAAUAUCUAUGCCAAUUCGUGCCGUAAACACUGUAUUUCAAUUUAUAACUGUUAUGUUCUCGUGCUAUAACCAAACAGUUCAUUAAAGGUUACCGACUUUUCAAAAGUUACUAAAAUAAAUAUAUAGUGAUUAAGUAAUCAAAAAUAAGAACAAAGUUUUACUUGACAAACCAGAAACUAGUGCAAAAGUUAUGCAUGAUAUGAUCAAUAACAGGUAGUCACAGACUCUAUUGAAGUACAUAGUGUUGUACAAGUCUACUGUAGACGGGAAAUCUAGAGCUAAGUAUAACGUAAUUCACUAUAAAAAGUCCAGGAGCCGUAGUUUUAUCAAUGUUAUACAGUUUUAGGAUAGAAAAUCAUAAAUGUAUAGCUAUAUAUAACGUAAUUCACUUACAAAAUAGAAAGUCCAUAAGGUUUCAGUUUUACAUGAUGUAAUUCACUUUACCUAUAUAGUAAGUUCAUACAUAUAUGACUAAAACGUCAUGUUAAAGCCGACUUGUGGUGUUGUCUUCUUUUUAAAAAAUAGUUUGUGCAGAAAUCCAUGCAUGCGUUAACUUCCAAUCAAUGUCUUUUUUUAUAUUUAUACGAACAUUAAAUAUUGUUUGCUUUGUCUGUAUAAGAACAUUAAUGAGUUGGUUCCCAUUGGCUUUAUCAUUAUUACAUUCCAAUAAUCAGAAAAAUACCUGUAUAUUUUUGUAAUGAUAUGCAAUGAUCAUUUUUUUAGAAUUAAACUUCCUAUUCAUA